GGGAGCGGAACAGAGGGAGAGGGACAAAAAGGGAAAAGAGGGGGAAAAGGGACCCGAAAGGGACCAGGGGACCGCAGGAGAAGAAGGCGGGAGGCAGGGGGCGGAAAGCAAAGCGGAGGAGCAGCAGGCAGGGGGGGAGCAAAACGGGAAGGGGGCGGCGAGCGGAACGGCGGCAGAGGCAGGGACAAAGCAGAGCAACGGGGCAGGGAAGGAACACGAGCCGCAGGACAACGGGGAGGGGGGGACGAAAGGAAAAGGCGGGCACCGAGCAAAGCGGAGGAAGCAAAACGCGGGCAGAGACGACGGGGGCACAGAAACGGCAGAGAGAGGGAGAAGCGGAGCAAACGGGAAGCGGGGAGAGGGGGACCGAAGAGCAGAAGAGAGCAGAGAAGAAGGGGGGGGCAGGGGCCAGGGGAAACAAAGAAGAACGCCACACAAAGCAGGAAGAGGGAGCACCGACGGAGAAGGGCCGAGAGCGGGGCACAGAGACCGCAGGGGCCAACACAGACGGAAAGCAGGGGGGAAAGAAAGACAGAGGGGGGGGGGAGAGGAGGGCGCGCGAGACAGCGGGGGAGACGGCGCGAAGAGAAAAAGACAGGAAGCGGCAAGGCCGGGAAACGCGGGGCAGAAGGGGGCAGAAAGGAAAAGAACGAGCCGAGAAGAAAAAGGGCAGAGACGGAGAAGGGAGCAGGGAAAGAAGGGGAGAAACGCACGAGAGGCAGAGGGCGGCGCCGAGCAAGGGAGAGCACAGGAGGGCGCAGCGCCGAGAACGGCGCAACAGAAGGGGGAGGGGGAAAGAAAGAAGCGAACCGGGACAAGAAAGGGCGAGAGGGAGGCGACAGGCCGCGCAGCGGCCACAACGCGGCGGGGCGGAAGCAGGACACACAGCCGGGCAGACAGGAAAGAGGGCGAGCGGAGACCAGGAACGACCAAAACACCAGAGGAGAGCGGGAAGGGAAAGAAGCCAAACGCGGAAGGAGGGCAGGGGGGGGGACAAAGGGGAGGGGCGGGCGGAGAGAGAACAAAGAGGGAAGGGGAACCGAAGAGGGAGGAGAGCAGCGGCCGGGGAGACGCGCCAAACAGGCGGGCCGACAGAGGCGACAACAAGAGAACGCAAGCGGGGAGGGAAGCAGGAAAGGGGGGAGAGAGGACAGGCCAGAAGAAGCAGGAGACACAACAGGGACAGAGCAGGACAGAAGCGGCCGCGCAGGGAACAAGACGGAGAGACAACAGGCAGCCCAAACCACAAGAAGCGGCAGAGGAAGAGCAAGAAAGGGCGGAACAGGAGACAGACGCGCAGAAGGAGACAGGGAAAGACAAACCCACCAGAACGCAGAAAAAGCCAGCCAGCAGAGAACAGGAGGGGAGAGCCAAGCAGAGGGAGGAAGACCAGGAGCAGAAGAAGAAAGAAGCGGAGAGAAAGAGCGGGGCGGCGGGCGAGACCGCAAAGAGAGAACCCAAGAAAGGGAAAAGAAGCGGGACAGGAGGAGCGGGGGAGCAAGGCAAGGCAGGAGGAGCGACAGCAGGGGGAGCGAAAGCAGGGCGGGGAGCGAGGGCCAAGACCGGAGGGGGCAACAGAAGGGAACGAAGGGGAGCGGCAAAAAGAAAACGGAGGAAGCGGGGAAGAGAGCAAGGAACAAAGCGCGGGGAGGGGCGCAAGGGAGACAGCAGAGAGAAGGAAGGGACGAGGAGGAGACGGGGCGCCGGGAGCGAGACGCGAGGCAAGCAGAAGGGGGGGGCGGGCGCAGGCAGGGGGGAGGCACACGGGGGCAGAGGGAGGGCAAGACAGCGGGCGGAAGGGGAGCGCCAGGAAGAGAGCGAGGGGGCGCAACCGAAAGGGGGGAAGAGCCAGAGCAGCCAGCAGAGGGCGAGAAGCGGCGAAAAGCGCGCGAGGGGCGCAAACAAGCCCCACGGGCAGGGGAGGAACGACGGACACAGGAGCGGCGCCAGCAGGGGAGAAACGAGGAAGGGGGACAAAACGCGGGGGGAAAAACGACGGGAAGGCAGGGAACCAGAGCGCAAAGCGAGGGGGAGGACAGGGGGGGGGAGCAACCGGACAGAAAGACACGGAGGAGGGAGGAAAAGGGAGGAAGGAAGAAGGGGAAAGGGCCAGGGGGGGCAACGGACAGACGGCCGAGGGCGACAGGGCAAGCAAAGGCCGGAAGGAGACGGGAGCGCACAAGAGAAGGAGGCGAAGAAGCGAGGCAAAAAGGGGGAGCGGGAAGCAGGGAAACCAGCCAGGACACCGAGCGCCACCGCCACAAAAGGAGCGAAAGAGGAACACGGGGGAGCAGGGGAGAACACAGGCGAGCGAGCGGGAGAGGCAGGCGGGGGAGCGAACAGCCAGGCGACCAGACAGAAGGGGCAGGGGGGAAGCGGGGCAAGGGAGCAAGCGGAGCCCAAAGGAAGCACACCGGAGAGCGGCAAAACGCAGGCGGAAAGAGAGGAAAGGAACGAGGCAGGAGGGCGCGGGGACGCCAAGGACAGGGAACGGAGGCGGGGGCAGACGGGGAGGCGGAGGGGCAGGAAAGAGGGAGGAGCGGAAAGAGGACGGCGGGAGGAGGCGGCGGGGGGGGAAGAACGGAGGAGCAGGGCGAAGCAAGAAACAGAAGGCAAGCGCACGAAGCACGGCAGAGGCAGAAGACAGAGCGAGCGGCAGGACGUCAGGGGAGGGAGUGAAACAAGAGGGGCGGGACGUAGGGGCGGACCAAGGAACGGAAGGACACGCGAGGGGAAGGGCAGGCAGCGACGAGCGCAAAGAGUCCAGGGCAACAGGCAGACGAAGCAUGAGGACAGCAGCAGCACGACAGCAGAGACCGGGGGGAAGCGAGCGAAGGAGAGGGGAAGACAGGUCCAGUGGGAGAUGGGGUUCGCAACUGAGCCUGACGAAUGUCUGGGGAUGGAUGUCGGCUGCUGUACGUUGCGGAGAUCUGGUUUUAGCAUCAGUUCGGCAGUGUUGGGAGCGUCGAUUAGUCCGGAUUUUCGUCAGAAGAGGCAAACACAGACAGCGCAGAGCCGCCGAAACAUGCGUCAAACAAGUCUGGAUAACUCGCCUGAAGGGAAUGGCGCUUCGGAUUUGAACACCGGCAGGAGGGGGCUACCCCAGCGGGGGCCGUGGUGA